UUAGAUUAAAUUUUUGGAAGUUCUCGCGGAUUGCAAGUGGGCGUCGAAAGUUCCUUUGAAUUUGCAAUAAUGGGCGAACUUUAAUUUAUUAUCUUUCAAGUUUGCCAUGAUUUAUUGAAGUUUUCUUUCCCGUUACACUCUAUACAUAUUUUAUCACCUUUCUGUGAAUCUUCUCUUCGGAAAGAAUGGAGGCGUAUGACGUGAUAGCAAACCAACCGGUCGUUAUCGAUAACGGCUCUGGAGUAAUCAAAGCUGGUUUUGCUGGUGACCAAGUACCCAAGUGUUGUUUUCCAAACUAUGUGGGAAGACCAAAGCAUGUGCGUGUUAUGGCUGGUGCCCUCGAAGGUGAAGAAUUUGUCGGUCCCAAAGCUGAGGAGCAUCGCGGAUUGCUGAGCAUCAAAUAUCCCAUGGAGCAUGGUGUUGUAACUGACUGGAAUGACAUGGAGAAAAUCUGGCAGUACAUCUAUGGCAAAGACCAACUUCAGACAUUCUCAGAAGAGCAUCCCGUUUUAUUAACGGAAGCCCCAUUGAACCCCCGCCGCAACAGAGAAAAGGCUGCUGAAAUAUUUUUUGAAACCUUUAACGUGCCUGCACUAUAUGUUUCAAUGCAGGCUGUUUUGAGCUUGUAUGCAACUGGAAGGAUGACAGGAGUUGUUUUAGAUGCAGGAGAUGGAGUUACCCAUGCGGUGCCAAUCUACGAAGGCUUUGGAAUGCCUCACAGCAUCAUGAGAGUGGACACAGCUGGCCGUGAUGUCACUCGUUAUUUAAGGUUACUGCUCAGGAAAGAGGGUAUUUGCUUUAGGACAACAGCUGAAUUUGAAAUAGUCAGGACAAUCAAAGAGAAGGCCUGCUACUUAUCUCGUAAUAUCUCCAAGGAAGAAAGCAAUCAAGGACAGAAAGGCAAAGGAUAUCAAUAUAUUCUCCCCGAUGGAAGCACAUUAGAAAUUGGACAGGCUCGUUACAAAGCUCCAGAAGUAUUAUUCCGACCAGAUCUAAUAGGAGAAGAGUAUGAAGGACUUCAUGAAGUCUUGUUGCUGGCUAUCCAGAAAUCAGAUAUGGACCUUCGUAGAGUAUUGUACCAGAAUAUUGUUCUCUCUGGUGGCUCAACGCUUUUUAAGGGUUUUGGAGAUAGAUUACUUGCAGAAAUUAAAAAAUUGUCUUCCAAGGAUACCAAAAUUAGAAUAUCGGCACCGCAAGAAAGACUGUAUUCCACGUGGAUUGGUGGCUCUAUUUUAGCAUCUCUAGAUACGUUCAAGAAAAUGUGGGUUUCAAAGCAAGAGUUCCAUGACGGUGGCCUUCGAGAAUUCCACAGGAAGACAUUCUGAAAAACUAGAAUAUAUUUUGUUGUGAUGGAAAAAGUGUUCUUUCAUCAUUUGAUUUAUUUAUUUAUUUUAUAUUUUUUCACUGAAUGCAUUGAUUCUAUUCUAGCAAAUAAUUUUUUUUCCUCUUAUAUAUUCCUUAGGCAAAAGCUAUAAAUUUUUACCAAGUGGCUGAUUGUUCUUUAAAAAUCUUUUUAUAAAGUCUCAAAAGCAGGAAAACACUUCUAAGAUCUGAGAUUUUUGACAAAUCGUUCAGCAUCAUGGCCAUUCUUGGCUUCAUCUUGAAGGUGAAACUGCAUGGACCUAUUUUGAUGGCUCAAGUCCGAAACCAUGUAUCUUCAUCGCAGUUUUUCAAAAUCUUUGCUCCUAUUUAAUUUUUUUGAAAAGAAACAAGUCAACUAUACAGCUGGAAAUGUUUACAAAAUAUUCUGCUAAUAGAGAAAAAAAAUAAAAAAAGUUUUCAAGAAAUUAAGUUCACUUGUUUUUCCAUUGAAAAAAUAAAGUAUGACAGGAAGUCUUCAACAAUGCAAACAGAGAUUCAGGGAUUCGCACUUUAGUAAUCAGUAUUGGUUUUUGGCGUUGCAGACUUCCUGUCAUACUUUAUUUUUUAAAUGAAAAACUAUUCAACGUCGUUUCUUGAAAACUUUAGUGAUUCUACUUCACUGUGUGAAGAAUAUUCUGGGAAAAUUUCAAGCCAUGAUUUGGUCUCUUUCUAAAUAUUCAAGCAGAGAUUUGGAAACACUGUUACCGAAAUACACGUUUCUGCAUUUUCUCCAUCGAUAUUUGGUGGUAGGAUGACAUUGAUCAAUCGCCAAGUUGGAAGAGGAUGUAACUGCUAAGUAUCGAGUUUUCAGAGAACAACAAGUAAUUAACAGUGUUUCUCUCUCAAUUCUAAACAUUUUCAACCAAAGAAAGGAUUAUCUUUAAAAUAUUGAUCAAUUUUUCUGAUCGAAAUAAUGAAAAAUUAAUGAAGAAACACAGUUCUCACAGUUUUCUGGAAACUUUAAUUGGCAGUCCAAGAGAAUAGUUUAAUAUAGAAUGCUGAAUUUUUGGAACCCAAAUAUAUAUCUCCUAGUCCCCCAACCGUACCAACUUUAACAAGGAAAUCAUGCCUGUAUGAAUGAAUAUUGUGAUUGUGGCUUUUGAUCUAUGUACCUGUGUACGUUUAAGUUUCUUAAAUCUCUCGAGCUGCUUAUUUCAUUUACCAUAAAAAAAUACUCAUUUGGUCUCUAAAUAUUUAAUGAGCUGUUUCUCCUCUCAUUACCUCUCAAAAAAUUUUGUAUCUUUGGAUUGAAACUAAGCGUUUGAAGCCCUAUAAUUUUCGUUUGAAGAAACAUAUUUUCUUUUUCUUGGCUUGCAUGCAUUUUUCUGAGUUACUUUUGUGACCCUCGCCUCCUCUCGAUCUGUCUUGUGGCAUUUCAAAAUUUUGAAUUACACUGGGCUAUGUGUACAGGGCAAUCUUUUUUAAUUAGACUUCAAACAGCUGCAUUUAUCUCAUUCCUGCACAAUUUAAUUUUCAAAUAUGCUUGGCAGCACUUUCAACCAAGCUUGUCUGCUGCUUCAGUAUUCCGUUGAAUUCUCUCUGGAUUUUGUUUGAGCGAUGCCAAUUUUAAGUUGAACCCCUAUAUUGUGUGGGAAAUGUGGCUUACAUAAUCAAGUCCAACUUUUCAGCAAGUUCUGUCGCAUUUAAAAGAAACGAUGCCCUUUCAGCUAUUACUUUCUCUUUGUCGAGAAUGGAUAAAGAUUUUGGUGAGUCUUAACAAGAUGUGCUCUGCCUAUCUUUUAAAAAUUUGGAAAAAUCAAAGCCUGACUUCAUACUCCUAGCAUAUAUCUUCAAAAUUAUCCAGAAUUUAGAACUUUUAAAUGAGUAAUUAUGACAAUAAUCAAAGAAAUACAUUUUUGGCAGAGUUUCAGCCCACUUUCAGUUGAUCUCGACUUUAUUCAAAAUUUUUACGUUUUUGUAAAGAAAAAAUUUAAUUUGUUAAAGAAAGACUUAUCUUUAGGGACACUAAAAUCAGCAUUUAGAAUAAGAGGUUAAUCAUUCAUGCAUCUUUCUUUUACUUCAAUUUGAUAAAAAUAAUGAAAAAAUUGCUCUUUUUAAUCCUCUGCUCCCCACGGUAUUGUCUGCUUCAUGUUCACCUCAAAUUUUCUAAAAGUAUUAGUUCUUUCAUUGCUAUUGAUCACCCUUAUUUUCAAUUUUUUUGGUCAAUACAUUCUUCAAUCAGGGGCUGGUUAAUGUGCAAGUUUAAUUUUAUUUUAUUUAUUUAUGUUUUAAGUAAAACUAAAAACGCCAAAUUCACUAUUCUCUGAUUUCUGCAUUUUGUAGAAACGCACACAAAAAAGGCCAAAAUUUAAUUUGUUACUGAUCCUCAAAUUUUUAUUUUCUUACUUUGUAACGGUAGACUAUUUUGAUUUCUUUAACGUUUUGCUAAGUAUAAGUACUUAUUAUUCUUAUAAUAUGAGUAAUCAAAGUCUGUAGUGUACUUCCACGGUGAAUAAUUUGGAACAUUCAAUGAGACUGUCAAAUAAUUUAGAGCAAACUCAUGAUUAAGCCAAGAUUAGUUUCCUCUAAUUUAGCUUGUGUAUUGGAAAGCUGUUUUUCGAAUUUUAAUGUAUGCAUUUGAAAGAAAGAACGCCAGAGGCAUUGCCAUUGUAGCGUUGCAACGUUUCACUUGACGCAUUAUUUUUUCCCUUAAGGAUACAUACUCGCAAAAUUUAUUUUAAAAACUUGUUGUGAACUUCCUUUGUAGACUGAUAAAAUUCUCUGAAAUUUUCAACUUAAAAUAUGAACCUGUCAAUGAAUGGAGCAAUACUUCGACAAGUGAAACAAUGUAAGGUUUUUGUUCAAUUACGUCAGCCUGGCACUCCACCCUUUUUUUCUAAGGCUGAAUUGUUUUUAAAGGAAUUAGUUUUUUUUUUUUUUUUCAAGAAAUACUGUUUUAUGCCUUUGGAACAAAGUAUCGUUUUGAUAUGCGCGUUACGCUCUCGCUUAACACAGUAUCUCUCAGAAAAGAAUAGUUGAAAAUUCUGUUUUUUUUCGGUCCGUUUCUUGCGAGAUUAUCCCUUUUCAGCUCUGAUCUUUCUUUCAUUUUUUUAUUUAAUUUUUUUCCCCUAAUCACCAAAUAACUGUCUAAAACAUUAUUAUUCUUUUUACACGCUUAAGUCUUUGUACCUAAAACUGCAAGGUUGAAAUAAAUUGCAAUUGACCGCUAGAA